CUAACCCCACACAAGAAGAUGAAAAAGCGCAAGGAGCUCAAUGCAUUGAUCGGUUUGGGUGGAGACAGCCGGAGAAAGAAGUCCAAGAAAAGCUCCAGUAGCCACCGCCUGCUUCGAACGGAGCCUCCUGACUCAGAGUCCGAGUCCAGCUCAGAAGAGGAAGAGGAAUUUGAUGGAGUUGGAAAUCGCUCUCGCUUUGUCAAGGGAGACUAUUUACGAUGCUGCAAGAUCUGUUAUCCCCUCUGUGCUUUUGUCAUCCUUGCGGCCUGUGUUGUGGCCUGUGUUGGCUUGGUGUGGAUGCAGAUUGCUCUCAAGGAGGAUCUGGAUGCACUCAAGGAAAAAUUUAGAACAAUGGAAUCUAAUCAGAAAAGCUCAUUCCAGGAAAUCCCCAAACUUAAUGAAGAACUUCUCAGCAAACAAAAGCAACUUGAGAAGAUUGAAUCUGGAGACCUAGGCUUAAACAAAGUCUGGAUCAACAUCACAGAAAUGAAUAAGCAGAUUUUUCAAUUGACUUCUGCAGUAAACCACCUCAAAGCCAAUGUCAAGUCAGCUGCCGAUCUAAUUAGCCUACCUAACACUGUAGAGGGACUUCAGAAGAGUGUAGCUUCCAUUGGCAAUACUUUGAACAGCGUGCAUCUUGCUGUGGAGACAAUACAGAAAACUGUGGAUGAACACACAAAAAACAUGGAAUUACUGCAGAGUGAUAUGAAUCAGCACUUCUUGAAGGAGACCAACAAAAGCAACCAGAUCAUUCCAACACCUUCAUCUACAUCAGAACUUGACAAUAAGACACAUAGUGAGAAUUCGAAACAGGAUAUCCUGUACCUUCAUAACUCUUUAGAAGAGGUAAAUAGUGCCCUGAUGGUGUACCAGAGACAGAAUGAUCUUAAACUCAAGGGAAUGAAUGAAGUGCUCAGUAAUGUUACCCGAAGAGUCAACCUGAUAGAAAGUGAUAUGGUUGUUCUGACCAAGAUAGAAAAGAGAGCAAACCUGACCUCCAGCAUGAAAGAAGAUAGCUCAAAUUCUCAGGUAUCCAAGCUGCGAGAGAAGCUACAGUUGAUCAGUGCUCUCACAAACAAACCUGAGAGCCACAGGCCUCCCGAGAAUGCAGAUGAAGAGCAAGUUCUGAGUUUCACAUCAAAGCCAUCAUCAUUGCCAAAAUUUUCACAAUAUUUUGGAGACCAAAUUGAGAAAACUGCCCAACUAAGACCUGUCUCCCUACCAGGAAUUUCUAACAUUGAAGAUCUUCAGGAUUUAUUCCACAAGACUGGCCAGGAUGUGGAUGGGAAGCUGACCUACCAGGACAUCUGGAACUCUCUAGGUUCUUCCAUACCAAAACCAGAGAAUUUGAGAGCAUUUGAUUCCAACGGAGAUGGAAGAUACUCGUUCCUGGAGCUAAGAGUAGCUUUAGGUGUCUAAAUGUAUCAGGCAUAUUUUACAAAUAGAUGUAUACUCUGGACAACCUAAAAUCUACUUAUCUAACAAAAACAACUUUUACUUACCCAUCAGCCCUCCAGUCCUCUAAACUACUGUAGCAGACACAUUGCCACCUUUUAACUUGUUUGAAAAAGCUAUAUAAAUUUAUUUUUUUAAGAAAAGAAAAAUGUUUUACUUAUAAUGUUCAGAAAUUUAUGAUUUCCUGAAGCUAGUAAAAUCUUACCUUUUAAAAUUGCUAGGAAAAAAAUAGCCCCCUUUUUCUCUCUCCUUUUUUUGAGGGAAGGAAACCUUAUCUUUUAAAACUGGAAAAUGUGUAUAUAGAAAGAAUAAGCCACCUUUUAUAUUUCAUAUAAAUUUGCCUUAAAGUUAGCUGCACUUUAUAACGAUUCAGAAAAUGUCUUUUCUUUAAAAGAAAGCCUUUUCUGUUUGUAAAUAUUUAAAAUGAAUGAUUGUUCAUAUUGUAUGGAAAGUAGGAAAAAUGAUUUUGAGCAGGAUGUGAAUAGAGCCUUGUUAUUAAAAAUCACUCAUUUGACCUGGGUAGCCACUGAAACUGCUCAGAGCUCCUCAUAGCAACCUGGAACGCCCAGGGCUGCCCUGGGCUUGGGCUGUGGUUAUGGGAGGGGUCUGGUUGAUAUGGGGGCAUUGCUGGCCUGGGCUCAGUACAGCUGUUAGGCCUUUCUCUCCCUGUUAAAUUCUGCUUCAGGGUUUACCAACAUAAAAAAGUUACCCAGUGAGGAGAUGCAUUCCCUUUCCCCCCUCGCAAACAAGCUAAAUUGUCUUCUCCUACCCUCCCACUACUCAGAUCUGUCUUAAAGCUAUACUUGGGGCUAGGUGUGAUGGCACACACCUCUCAUCCCAGCACUCAGGAGGCUGAGGCAGGAUUACCAUGAGUUGAAGCCAAUCUGGACUACAUAGUGAGACCCUGUCUUUAAAAGCAAACAAAAAAGUUGUAGCUGGCUCUGUCCUUCAGGGCUGUCUCUACUCUGAAAUGCAAGGCUCAAGUCCCUGGUCACUUUGGGUAGUCACCCAAAGCAUUAGAGGAGAGCUCUACUUCUGAUUUUGGCCCAGAAAACCACACCCUUUGGAUUUUAUAAAAGAAUGGGGUAUAUUUCUUGGUGGGAUGACUAAAGCCAAAAAGAUAAAAUGAAAUGUAAAAUCAUAUUCAAGUUUCCUUACCAUUUUCAGAUCUAUAUUAGGCAGGCCUGGAACAAGACUGUUCACAUGAUGGUAACAUUUUUUUUCACAUCUAAUACAAGCAAAUGCAAUAUUUUCCCCUUUAAAUAUUUGUGUAGAUCUGACACAAAAGGCCCCUGGGCUGAAAGGAGUAAUACCUCCGUGUCACUUUAUGUUGACUUAGACUUUCUGUGUUGUUCUGAGAAGCAGUCUGAGCAACACAAAAGGAAAACUUACAGAACUUACCUUUGAUGUAGAUAAGUCAGGGAGAAACUAGAGAAGCUCUCAUGUACAGACUUCUUUAGUAGAAAUCAUUUAAUUUUGUCCAGGUUUGCCUGUUAUCCAUGGAUGCAGUCCAGUUUCCUUAAAGCAUCUAAAUACCAUUUUUUCUUUACGUUAUAUUCAAUUUGAUGAAUACAUAACCUUAACUUUUCUCUAGAAUUCUUAAAAUUUAGUUCAAGCAAGACAGAGUUUUUCCAGUAAAUGUGUCUGCUUAUCUCAUUAUGUCUUAUGUUUGUCUUUUUAAUUUUUUUUCCUUAAUGUUUCCCUUGCUCAUCUAUUUCAUUUUCCUGGAAGAAUUACAUUAUAGUUUAAAAUUAGCCUGGCACUUUAGGUAACUUGAAGAUAACUCUUGCUCUUCUGGCUGCCUCCCAUGCCCUCCUUUCUUUUUUAAUAUAUGCACCCUUACAGAUUUUUCUAACAACCAAUAAAAUUCUAGCAAUAAAUUGACUUACACUGCUAUAUUUGUAUAUAUUGUACCAUAAAGUAUGUCUGUACCUGGAAGGUAUUUUUUUGAAAACUGAUUUAUAUAAAAUAUACUUGAGGGUAAUGUAGCUUGUCCUUUUUAGUUUCAAGUUCUUAUUCAAAGCAGAUACUUUGAGGACACUUUAACUCCUUGUGGUAUGUACCUUUCUCUUACAUCCAGUAGCUAGCUAUGGAGGUUUUGUGGGGUUUUUAGUUUCUCUUCUAGAAUCCCAACUCAAACCUGUCUCCCAGCAUCACCCCAGAGCCCCACAUAAUUCCAUUCCCUCGCCUACCAAGUCUUCCGUAGGCAUCCAUGCUGCACUCAGGCCCCCUUGACAUCCUGCCUGAGAAACUACGACGUCUCCUGGACAGAGGUAGGUAUGUAGAUCUCCUUUGUUCAAAGUUGAGCAGAUACUGAGCCUCAGAAAAAGAAAAAGGUCCUUAGAAGCCUACCACUCAGUGUUAAUUAGGGAUUUUCAUUUUAUGUUGUCAUUUUUAUGCUGUCCUUAGGCUGUCUGUGUCUUGUCAGCUGUAGUCAAGCCUUACCCGUCACAUCUCAGUUCUGUGAGAAAGACUGAGUAGUGGUGGUGAGUCUGGCCUUGGUGAAUGCUGCUACCAUUUUAGUCUGGUAGUUCCUACUGCUGUAGUUUCCCAAAGCACUGCUCCUUGAUCUUUUUGUUCUGUGGCCUUGUACUACCUAGCAUAAUGUAUACUUAAAGAGGCUUCCCAUAAGUCGAAAGAGGCAAACAGUAGCAUAGAAAGAGAAGAACCAAAGGAAGAGUGUAUCUGGCAUUGAGAUAACUGUAGUGUUGUCUGAAGGCCAGGAAUGUGCCUGACACUCAAGAAUGGGUCUGAUCAGAAAGCAGAGGAGUGGACGCUGUUCCUCUGCUGCUGACUGUUUUCCCUUCCUUUGCACUUUUCUUUCUUUGCAGUUACUGGACAUAACCCCUUCAGCCCCCCUUGCUGGUCCUGCUGGUCACAGUCAAGGAUUUUGACUAUAAUGGGCUCAUACUCUUAAUAGCCUGUUGAGUUGUUUCUAGUGACAGC